UAAAUACUGCUGCUAGCGGGCAAUUAUUAGAGGUGAGCGGUUUCAAGAGUCAGUGACAUGCGUAAGAUUCAGACACUUCUGCUGUUGGCGACAGUGGCCGCCAUGGUGGACGCCACAGCAGGACAGCUGGCGUGGUGGCAGUCCGGCGUCAUCUACCAGAUCUACCCAAGGUCCUUCAAGGACAGCGAUGGUGAUGGCGUGGGCGACCUCAACGGUGUGAUUGAGAAGCUCGACUACCUUCAGAGUCUAGGAGUGGCAGCGAUAUGGCUGUCACCCAUCUACAAAUCUCCGAUGGCGGACUAUGGGUACGACAUAUCAGACUACAGGGACAUCGACCCUCUGUUCGGCACCAUGGAGGACUUCGAGGCCCUUCUGGAAGGUGCCCAUCAAAGAGAUAUAAAGGUGAUCCUGGACUUCGUUCCCAACCACUCCAGCGACGAGCACGAGUGGUUCAUAGCUUCCAGCGACCCAACACACGAGAACUACGAGAAGUACAAGGACUACUACGUCUGGGUGGACGCCAAAGAAGACGGAUCAGUGCCCAACAACUGGCCCACUCAAUUCGACCAGCAGACGGCGUGGGAGUGGAACGACGCCCGCCAACAGUACUACCUUCACCAGUUCCACAUCAAGCAGCCCGACCUCAACUACAGGAACCCUGAUGUUCUCGCCGAAAUGCAGGACAACCUACGAUUCUGGCUGGACAAGGGCGUGGAUGGCUACCGCAUGGACGCGGUGACAUUCCUGGUGGAGGCGGAGGGCUUUCCAGAUGGGGUCCUGGGUGACAUAGACCAGCCGUACAUGCACCAGCCUGAGUCCUACGUCGUCGUACAAGAGUUUCGUGCCGUCGUCGAUGAGUAUGACAACAAGACGAUGAUAACCGAGUCCUACGGCACAGUGGACCAGAUUCUGGGCUACUACGGCAACGAGACCAAUCCUGGGGCUGACUUCUCCUUCAACUUCCUGCUGAUCACCGAUGUCAACGCCAGCUCCACUGCUGCGGACUUCGCUGAAGUCAUCGGCAACUGGAUCGACAUUGUCGACGAGCGGGGAGUGUGGUCCAACUGGGUGAUCGGCAACCACGACCAGCACCGCGUGGCCAGCCGCUUCAGCCCAGACCUGGUGGACGGGAUGAACAUGCUGGUGACGCUGCUACCUGGAACCGCGGUCACCUACAACGGAGAGGAGAUCGGCAUGGAGGACAACUACAACAUGACAUGUGAAAUUGCUACAGACCCUGCAGGGUGCUGGGACGGUGUCACACUCGGCAAUUCCAGAGACCCUGAGAGGACGCCCUUCCAAUGGGACAACAGCACGAAUGCGGGCUUCAGCACAGCUAACGAGACCUGGCUGCCAGUGAACGAGAACUACGUCAUCCUCAACGCUGAAGCUCAGGAGCAAGCUGGUAGGAGCCACCUCAAGACCUACCGCCAGCUGGUGGAGCUUAGAGAGGAACCAGCUGUGCAGACUGGAGUGACGGCCGUCAACAGUUCCGCCCAAGUCAUCGCUUUCUCCAGGACUGCAGAUGACGGCACCGAGGUGGUGGUCGCUGUGAACGUGGGCGACCGGCCGGAUGUGGUGGACCUCUACGAAAUGCUCGGCCUGUCUCAGAGGUCCUUUGUCAUCAGCGCCGCCAGCGUAUCCAGCAUUCGACAGCCGGGUGGGCCAGCGGAUCCCGGUCUGUUGGUGUUCUCUCCUCACGAAUCCGUCACACUCAUUUCGACGCCAGUGGAGCUCGAAGAGUACUAAGCGAGCUGUAUCGACGUGUCACUUCCUCGACGUAGUGCGACUACUCACUCGCUACCGCCUACGUGAUACAAAUACAGUUCCCGAGAAUUUAUUUUGUGAUGUGCAUGUGUGUCAUGACGCUAACAACUAUCGUUUGACAAAUGAAUAAAGUACGCUUUCGUCGUCUAUUAAUUUAA